GAGGCACUGGCUUCUCCAUUGGAAUAUGGCUCGUAGCAUCUCCUGAAAACUCCUCUGCUGUAUGGAUAGCAAACCAAGGUGAUCCACCGGUGACCAAAGAUGAUGCACUGAAGCUAACCGAUGAAGGGCUCAAGCUCCUCCUACAACACUCCGAAGGGAGACUCAUCUCCAACAUUUCCACAAGCACCGAUGCUUUUUCUGCUUCCAUGCUCGAUUCCGGAAACUUCGUCAUCUAUGACUCUAACUUUAAUGUCAUAUGGCAAACCUUCAACCAUCCAACUGACACAAUCAUGGCAGGUCAAGUGCUGCUCGCUGGAUCUGAGCUCGUUUCCAGCCUAUCAGGAACCAACCACUCGAGCGGGAACUUUCAUCUCAUCAUGCAAAAUGAUGGGAACCUCGUUCUGUAUCCUGUGGCAUCGCCAGACACUCCAGGGGAUGCUUACUGGGUCUCCAGAACAAACGGAGAUGGCUACCUGAACAAACGGGACGACACAAGUGUAUCGUGCAACGCUUGGCGUGGAUGGGAUCUUCCGGUUAUAUUCUCACGAUCUCGAGUUAAACACACAACUGGUUUUAGCUGA